UUACAACAAAUAAAUGCAUUUCUCCAUCAGGUAACUGGAGCUGCUCAUGGACUUGGACGUGCGAUAGCCCUAGAGCUGGCUAAACAGGGCUGUCACAUAGCCAUAGCUGAUAUCAAUUUGGAGGGCGCUGAAGAAACAGUGCGACAAAUCACUGAGGCUUACCCGGUGCGCAGCAGGGCAUAUAAGGUGGAUGCGGCUAGCUAUAGCGAGCUGAGUGAGCUCAAAUCGAAUAUACUGAGAGAUCUAGGACCGGUAACGAUACUGAUAAAUAAUGCUGCAAUUCUAUUGCUCGACAAUCCCAUGGAUCCUGAUCCCAAGGAUAUACAGCGCAUCGUCGAUGUCAACUUCACUUCCCAUUUCUGGACCAAAAAACUGUUUCUGCCCCAAAUGAAGCAGCUGAACAAGGGGCACAUCGUCAACAUAAGUUCCUGCACCAGCGUCCUGCCCUUUCCCUAUAACAGCGCUUAUUGCGCCACCAAGUUUGGGGUCACAGGUCACAUGAGAGCGCUGCGCCUGGAGCUGGCCUUCGAGAAGUGCCACAACAUCCACGUCUGCACGGUUUUGCCCUGGUUUCUUCGAACCAACAACGAAGUCUGCGACUUGAAUGAAAUGAUUAAGUUCAGCGAUUUUUAUCCACUCAUCAGUGGCGCCGGUGCCGCCCGUCGCAUCGUUAAGGGUAUUCUAAAUAACGAGCGUGAAGUCUUUUUGCCCGAUUUCCUCUGUCUCCUCUAUCGUCUACUCUAUCUGUUUCCGCUUAGCUGGCAGGAGAAGGUAUUUGUAUUAUUUUCAAGAAAACAUAUUCAGAUGAUGGUCAAAGUACGAUCCUAAGCUUGUAUUAUAUCGACUUUAGUUUUUGGUAACAACUAAAUUUCGAUGAAGAGUCUUAUAUGAUCUACUUUGUGAUUUU